CGGGCGGCGGGCCGGACAGACUGACGUGCGGCUGCAUCGCGGAGGCGCAUGGCGGGGAUGGCGCUGGCGCGGGCCUGGAAGCAGAUGUCCUGGUUCUACUACCAGUACCUGCUGGUCACGGCGCUCUACAUGCUGGAGCCCUGGGAGCGCACUGUGUUCAAUUCCAUGCUGGUUUCCGUCGUGGGAAUGGCCCUGUACACAGGAUACGUCUUCAUGCCCCAGCACAUCAUGGCGAUAUUGCACUACUUUGAAGUUGUACAGUGACCAGGAUGUGAGCAGGAUCCAGAAGACCCACCCUACGAAGCUGGCAUGAGACUUCAUCCGAUGUCAUAAGAAACUCUACUAGUUGUCAACAUAACCAACCUUGUAAAGACUAAAAUUCAUGAGUAGAACAGGAAAAUCAUCCUGACUCAUGUGUUGUGUUCUUUAUUUUUAAUUUUAAAAGAGGCUCUUGUAUAGUAAUUUUUGUCUAUUUUAACAUUGUAGUCAUUUGUACUUUGAUAUCAGUAUUUUCUUAACCUUUGUGACUGUUUCAAUAUUACCCCGUGAGAGCUUUUCUUAAUGUAACUUUGAGUACAUUUUAAUUGCCUUCUAUUUUUUAAAACCCAGAGUCAUUAGUUGGGCUUUACUGUUCUUGCUAUUGUAUGGCAUAUACAUCUGCCUGGACAUAUUUCUACUCUUGACCAAAGUUUUGUAAGAAACCAUACCAGAUUUGGGGCGGGGGAAUGGGGCAGGGAGGAUAUUUUAUUGGGAAUUACUUACAAAAGACUUACCUGUAAGCUUGAACUCAGGAGUACAGUUUUAGCUAUCUAGACUCUUAACAGCUUUUGCUUUAAAACUAUUAAGGUGUUUCUUAACACUGAAAAAGAAAAGAUCUUUCUAAAGUUAAGAUAAGGAACAUUUCACCUUUUAAAUAUUUAAUGCUUAUGUGGACUUGUUUCCAGAAAAUGAGUGACGAUCCUCGUGAUAGAAGCUGGUUAAGAAGCAUUGGUAUAUAGUGCUUAUAUACCGUAGAGUUUUUAACAGAUGGUCAAUCAGUUUCCUCUUGGGGCCACUAUUAACAGUGUACUUCCUUAAGUUUAAUUUUGUGAUUGUAAUGGGUGCUGCAAAUGCAUUUGCACAUUGAAAUAAGAUAUGAUGCGAUGAUUUGUUGUUAAAAACCAUAGUAAAAAGAAGUGUAAACUUGGUUAAAAUCCUUUCACUCUUUGUAUUGUUUUUUUUAAAGAUUUUUAUUCCUUAAAUGUAAAAUGACUAAUUUUUUGGAUGUAAACUCAUUAAAUUCAGAGAGAAAAA